GCUCAUUGGUUGGUAUGCCAUCUUUGAAUUGUCUUUUCUCACUUUCUCAUACUUCCUCACUACCAAGAAAAUUAGUUGGAAAGUUUAGCAUACGACUGCCGAUGCCCAAUCCAUAAUUGGAAUACUCCUCAUUCCUUGCUCAUACCGGGAAACUCUCUCUCGCUCUCUCUCUCUCUCUCUCUCUCUCUCUCUCUGUGUUCAAUUCACAAACCAAAACCCUAAUCUCAUACCCUAAUUUACUCUCAAUCUCUCCACCCCACACCUCGUGGAAUCAACAAUGGAGAAUUCGAGCCAAGAUUCCCACCUCAGAUCCGAAAACUCCGUGACCUACGACUCCCCGUACCCUCUCUACGCCAUGGCCUUCUCUUCCUCCGCCCGAUCGCCGCCCCAUCACCACCGCAUCGCCGUCGGCAGCUUCAUAGAGGAAUACAACAACCGUGUCGACAUCGUCUCUUUCGAUGAAGAAACCCUAACCAUGAAAACCAACCCCAAUCUCUCCUUCGAACACCCUUACCCUCCCACCAAGCUCAUGUUCCACCCCAACCCCUCUGCCUCCCUCCGCAAAUCCUCCGACCUCCUCGCCUCCUCUGGCGACUAUCUCCGCCUCUGGGAAGUCCGCGACAACUCCAUCGAAUCCAUUUCUAUCCUCAACAACAGCAAGACCAGCGAGUUCUGUGCCCCCCUCACUUCAUUUGAUUGGAACGAGGUCGAUACUCGCAGAAUUGGGACUUCUAGCAUCGACACUACUUGUACCAUUUGGGAUGUUGAGAGAGGGGUUGUUGAAACCCAGUUGAUUGCCCACGAUAAAGAGGUUUACGACAUCGCUUGGGGCGAAGCUGGGGUGUUUGCUUCGGUUUCUGCUGAUGGCUCUGUCAGGAUUUUCGAUUUGAGAGAUAAGGAACACUCUACCAUUAUAUACGAGAGUCCUCAACCGGACACUCCUUUGCUUAGAUUGGCUUGGAACAAGCAGGAUUUGAGGUACAUGGCCACAAUUUUGAUGGACUGUAAUAAAGUUGUGAUCUUGGAUAUUCGAUCGCCAACAAUGCCGGUUGCAGAGCUGGAGAGACACCGGGCGAGUGUGAAUGCCAUCGCUUGGGCUCCCCAGAGUCAUCGCCAUAUUUGCUCUGCUGGGGACGAUUCACAAGCGCUUAUUUGGGAGUUGCCGACUGUUGCUGGACCCAAUGGAAUUGACCCAAUGUCUAUGUACUCUGCUGGGGCUGAGAUUAACCAGCUUCAGUGGUCAGCGGCGCUGCCUGAUUGGAUUGCAGUUGCCUUUUCAAACAAAAUGCAGCUUCUGAAAGUUUGAGAUCCCCAGAUGAUGGGUCAUGCAGGCAACGUUUACCGAAGCGCCCAGUUAAAGUUGUAUUGUUAAUUUACUUAGACAAACACGAACUAAUCCUCAAAUGUUGAUGAGAAUUGUGUUGAUAUGUAAUUCAAAUUGUGGGUGCAGGUAUCUUGUAUUUUUCUGUUUCAGUCAUAUUGUAACACAAACUCCGAUCAGUUGGUUAGAAUCCCCCCUCAUGUGUUUGGUGCAGAAGAAAAUCAAAAGAUAAAAAGUCGUCUGUGCAAUUUGUAAUGAAGAAGUUCAAUUGUUAAUCAAUAUUGUUAGCUGUAUGAUCGUGGAUACUAUCUUUGACGAUCCCCACCAGCUACUUUGAUGCAGUGCAGGUAUCUUUGUAUUU